ACACUCACUCUCUCACACACACACACCUUCAUCUCACUUUCUCAUAUCCCAACCAAAAGCCCUCUUACCAAAAAUCAAACACAACACUUUUCAUUGCAUUUCUUUUCCCUUCCACUCCUCUGUUUCAAAUCCUCUGUUUCAAACAGAACACUAAAACCUUAGCAAAAACAAAAAAUGUCCACUUCCAAAAAAAACCUAACCUUAAACACUGUCUCCAUAAAUCUUGGUUGUGGAACAUGUACAAGACCAAAACUUAGUCUAAUUUUCAACCCAAAACCAAAACACAAAACUCUUCAUCUUCAUAAAAACUCUUCAUCUUCCUCCACCCUUUGGAGAGAGAAAAACAGAGACAUUAUUGAAACUUCAACUAGCACAUGUAACACUACACCAACAACAAACACCUCAUUCGACUCCGAGAAAUCGUCGUUGAAAGGAUUUGGAAGAGUUGGAAAUGAAGGUGUUGCUGUUGAGAAAGAUUCUGAUGAUCCUUAUCUUGAUUUUAGACAUUCAAUGUUACAAAUGAUUUUGGAGAAUGAGAUAUAUUCUAAGGAUGAUCUUAGAGAGCUUUUGAACUGUUUUCUUCAGCUGAAUUCGAAGGAACAUCAUGGGAUUAUUAUCAGAGCUUUUACUGAGAUCUGGAAUGGUGUUUUUUCUGUUAAGUCUGGUUUUUCAGCUGGGUUUCAUCUCAACCAUAUGUCACGUGACUUCUAGUUCUUGUUCUUGCUUCUCACGUGGAUAACAACUUAGUUGUAUGAAUAACUGAAUAUUUUAAUUCACUGUGAAUUUGACAGAAUUGCAUAAGGUUGUUGUUAAUUUGGUAAAGUUUUUUUUUUUUUUUCAAUUUUAAAGAAAUCACAAAUCACUGCAUGAUGUGAUUUCAUUGAACUACUGUUGGUCUAAAUAUGUACUAAUGAUAUGUAUGGAUGAACAGUGAGUUUGACAAAAUUAUGGUAA